AAAUUUUAUAAUUCACACUGAAUGUUACGCUGGGAUAGAUAAACCAUAUGAGGGCUUAAAAGCGUGGCAUUCUUUCCUGAAUGUGUGCACUGCAGAGGGCGACGAUAUAAUUAAAUUGAACAAGAGAGAAGAGAGGAAGCACAAUUUCCCCAAGAUGAAGAGAGGCCUUCACCAGAACGGGACUCGUCAGUUCAGGAUGAGGAGAAUGAAGUGGGGAAUUCAAGAAUAUCCAGGCUUUGGCAAGAACCACUUAGGACGUCGGAAGCAGGUGGUGGGGAAGAGGCGUGCCUACGGCAUCAAGACGGGCUUGGCGGCCAGGAAAGCCCUGGGGGCUCACAAAGGCAUCAGCCCCCUCAACAGAUCACCCCUCAGUGAGAAGACCCUGCAACGGAAUUACUCCGUUUUGAAAAGGAAGACGCCCGUCCAGAGACAAUCCGAACUACAGAGGAAGCAAGGACCCUGGCUUCGGAGACCCGCCUUGGUAAACCGAAGGACGAGCAUCCAGUCUCUGUCCGCCAGAAUUGGGAAUAAGUUAUACCAGCAGAAAGAUACGCGCCAAGCGACUUUCCUCUUUCGCCGGGGCCUGAAGGUACAAGCACAAGUCCAUCCGGAGGAUGACCUCAGAAGCCAGGGAACCAAACGGACCCGUCCAUGGCGAACGUCUACCAGAAAUGGAGGGAUUUUGACCAUCUCCAUUGACAAUCCUGGUGCUGUUCUCUCUCCAAUCUCCUUGAAGCCGAGACUCACCAGCAACCUCAUCCCCCCGUUUCUCUUGAAGAAGGACCAGUCGGAAGAGAAAAAGAUCCCCAAAGGCGUCCCUCUGCAGUUCGACAUCAACAGUGUCUGGAAGCAGACCAGCAUGACCCUCAACGAACGCUUUGGGAUCCUGAAGGAACAAAGGACAGCUCUAGCUCAGAACAAGGGCAGCCGUUUUGUGACAGUGGCCUAGGAGAGGCCCUUCCCAACCAGGGGCGUCCUCCUUCGAAGACGCUGGAGAGACUGUGGUCCAGAAAUCGUGGGAGAUGUUGGACUUUUUGUGUCAAGAUCCCGAAGGAGCUGAAUCCUCUUCCCCUUCAUUUACUCCUCUUACUUUAUACCGGGACGUCCAACUGUGACCGCUUGUAAAACGCGUGGACUUCACUUCC